UUUCCUCUUUACUUUUCCCCUUUUUUCUUCUUUCCUUUUUUCCCUUCCAUUUCCUCCUCUUUUUUUUCCCUCUCCCCCUCCCCCCUUCCCACUUUAUUUUUUGCUUCCUUUUUUUCCCUCCUUUUUUUUUUUUUUUUUUUUUUUUUUCGGCCGCGCUGUGACCAGCAGGUUUCUGGCCCCCGAAGCCGCCGAAGGGCGCUGCAGGCGGCGGGGUCCGGCCGGGAGCCGGGGCGGUGCCGCGGGGGCUGCGGGUGGGACGGCCCCGGCCCCUCCCCGGGGCGGGGGGAGCCGAGCCCGGCUCAGCUCAGCCCAGCCCAACCCAGCCCAGCCCAACCUAACCCAACCCGCUGAUACCGCGCCGCCUGCCCGCUCCAUCCCCUCCGUCUUCCCGCGGCUCCGGCAUGUCGUCGGGCGGCAGCCUGAGCACCAUGCAGCGGCUGGUGGAGCAGCUGAAGCUGGAGGCGGCCGUGGAGAGGAUCAAGGUCUCUCAGGCAGCUGCAGAACUCCAGCAGUACUGUAUGCAAAAUGCCUGCAAAGAUGCCUUGCUUGUUGGGGUUCCUGCAGGGAGCAAUCCCUUCCGAGAGCCCCGAUCCUGUGCUCUGCUCUGAAAUCAGGUAAUAAAGUCACAGAUGCCAUGACAACCACUCUAAUUUGAAACUCAAGCCCUUGGAGGAACAAAGACGCAUGGUGAUAGUUGUUUAGGUGUUGAGUUCUUGCUUGAGUGAUCAUCAUUUCUCUGCUAGCUUUGUAAAUUGUUUACUGGGUUUUUUAGGUGUGGCAGUUGAAACAUGUCUCUUUUCUACAGCUCUUUCUAGAGGUGUUUUCUUUAUGAGUUGUUUUUUUUUUGGUUGGAUAGUUGUGUUUCUGUGUUUGUGCAGCAUUAAGGUAAUUAGCAGCAUCCAAAUUAAUUAAAACUGUCUAAGACACUCAGCUGUGUUUGACAUAGCCAACAUUAGACAGUCACAUACCCAGCUUGGAGAAGUAAGACAAAAAUGUGGCAAUUUUUUAAGGUUCUGAUGACUAGCUCACAUCUUAAGCAAUUACCAUGUUAAAAUACAUUUAGGUCUUUAGUGUCAUAUUGUAGAUCAUUUUGCUGUGUUUGUCCUUAGGCUCUUCCUGUUCUUAC